CCGCCCCUCACGCAUGGCGAGGAUGGGGCCGGGUGGCAAGUACCUCUGCGGGCUCUAAGGCCCUCCCCUGCGCCGGAAGGAGGAAGGCGGGUCUGAAAAAGUCGAGCCGAAGGAGGGUGCGAGGUCACGUGACGCCAAAGCUGGCUUUGCAGAAAAGGGGCGGAGCCCCAGGCAGGGGGGGCGGAGCGACUGUCCUUUCUGCGGGUGCGCGCGGCCGGAAGUGGCCGCCUCAGCUGACAAUCGGAAAUGGGGACCUCCUUGGACAUCAAGAUUAAAAGAGCGAAUAAAGUGUAUCACGCCGGGGAAAUGCUUUCUGGCGUGGUGGUCAUCUCUAGCAAGGAUUCUGUCCAGCAUCAGGGCAUGUCUCUGACAAUGGAAGGGACAGUGAAUCUCCAGCUCAGUGCCAAAAGUGUGGGCGUGUUUGAAGCUUUCUACAAUUCUGUGAAGCCAAUCCAGAUUAUAAACAGUACCAUAGAAAUGGUGAAGCCUGGAAAGUUUCCCAGCGGCAAAACAGAAAUUCCCUUUGAAUUUCCUCUGCACGUGAAGGGUAACAAGGUUCUGUAUGAGACUUACCAUGGCGUGUUUGUCAACAUUCAGUACGUGCUGCGCUGUGACAUGAGGCGGUCUCUGUUGGCCAAGGACUUGACCAAGACCUGUGAAUUCAUCGUUCACUCUGUGCCUCAGAAGGGGAAGUUGACUCCGAGUCCUGUGGACUUCACGAUCACGCCGGAAACCUUGCAGAAUGUCAAAGAGAGAGCCUUGCUUCCCAAAUUCCUCAUUAGAGGACAUCUUAACUCAACUAACUGUGCUAUCACACAGCCACUGACAGGAGAACUGGUUGUAGAGCACUCAGAUGCUGCCAUUCGAAGCAUAGAGCUUCAGCUGGUCCGUGUGGAGACCUGUGGGUGUGCGGAAGGCUAUGCCCGUGAUGCUACAGAGAUUCAGAAUAUUCAAAUUGCUGAUGGGGAUGUCUGUAGGAGCCUCUCUGUCCCUAUAUACAUGGUCUUCCCCAGGCUGUUCACCUGCCCCACACUGGAGACCACCAACUUCAAAGUGGAAUUUGAGAUUAACGUUGUUGUGCUGCUUCACGCUGACCAUCUCAUCACUGAGAACUUCCCACUGAAGCUCUGCCGGACAUAGCCCAAGAGCAGGCAUGGCAGACCAGCACAGUGGCCAGGUGCAAGUCUUGCUGGUUGUCUGACUCGUACAGGGAAUUCAAGGCUGGCAGCAUUUACUAUUUUCAUGAUUCUUCUGUGUCAGAAAUGAAUGUACCUCCUCAGUUGACAGCAGUUCUUGCUCAUUUCCUCCAAGUCUCUGCUUCCUGCAGGUGCCUUGUGGUAGCCCUCUUUGGAGUGCAACAAGAUUUUUUCAUGCUUGUUGUAAGAACACAUCACAGAAAACAUUUCUGAGGUCUCCUGACUGACCGUUCCUUUUUAGGUUCGGUAAAGCAAUGUGUCUGCAGUUUGAGCUUUUCUGGAGAGUGAGAUCAUGGAGACCGAAGGGAAGUCCUCUUCAGUUUGCUGAUGGAGAUGACCAAGGACUCCUGACAGCAAAAGGUCCUGGCAGGUGUCAUCUGGAUGGCGCCCAGCAUACUUGUUGCUUUUGAGUUUGUGGAUUCCCUUCAGGGAGAGUGCCACGUGACACCUGCUGGAAAUGUAUAGCUUUUUUUAUAGUCUGUAGUUCUUCCUAACAUUUCCACUGUAACUUCAGACUUUUUAAGGAACUGGAACAAAGUGUUCCUUGCUCUCACAGGGGUAAGGGGAUUUGGUAAUGAUGGGACUGUUAGUUAAAUCUCCAGAUCUGGCAUAAAAUCUCAUGCUGCCCUGUUCCCAGAAUAUACUUUAAAUGCAAGGUUAUGUAAACAGGAGAAUGCAUAUUUGCUGCUCUUAUUAUUGAACGGGUUCUGAAUGGCAGGAGACCAUGCCCAAGAAGGGUGGGCACUCAGAGUGGUGCCAGGAAAAUGUCUUUGGCCUGCCCCAACACUGAAGGCACCUGUGCUUUGAACCAGGCGCUUUGGUCUGAAGCCAGUUUUCCUUCAGCUUCGCACUAGAGUUUCAGUGUGUGCUGAAUCUGUUGCAAUACAUCACAUCCUUCAAAUCUUGCCAUUGUUUUGUUGGUCCACAAUUAAUGAAACCUCAGAAAGAAACAUCUCAAUGUGCACACUAGCUGGCCUUCCUGUGUAGGUCCUUCUCAUGGGCAGGCCUGGGCAAGGCAGGCUCAGGCCGAAGGCUUCCUGGACUGUACUCCCAUGGUCCAGUACCAAAGCUGAGUGCAGAUAAACCUGACCCAGGCCUGCUCUACCUGGAGUUUCCCCAGAGGAAUUGAUCAACUUAACUGAGUCAUCAGAAAGGUGGUUCCCAGAGAACACCUUUCUGGUUUGUAAAUCUUUUAUGCCCUCCUUAUGUUUUUAAACUGAAUAGCUGAAAUAGAGGUCAUACUUUCUGGUAAAUUUGUAAGAAAGGAAUCAUUUUUAAUGAAAUAAAAAAUUUUAAUGAAAAAAGCUAAGAAUUUUGAGGAAAGGUUUGAGCUCUGUAUUGCUAUACAGUUUCCUUAGCACCACACAUGAACACGUGGGGUGGGUACUCUUCUUAGGGAGAGCUGCCAGCCAGCCCAGCUGCCUCUAUAAUUUCACUCAGUCCCGAGUGGCCCAGAUGAGGGCCUCACGCUGGCCAUUUCCUUCCUCUUCUUGACCUGUGCCCUAGCAGUUAUUAAAGAAAACUCGGAUGUUUGGCUGUCCCGGGUGGCACUGACCAGGAUGUUUGGAGUUAAAGGUAUCUGCUGUACAAGAUUCAGAGUGGUCGGAUUUGUCCGGUUAGAUCAAGAGCAAGGAAAGGAAGGGGAGUUGAGCUGUGAAAGGUGACUCUAAAACAAUGUUAUUUGCCAAUUUGGGCAGGCACCGCACUUUGGCUGUCAGUUCUGCUUGCUCAGGCAGAAAUGGGGCUGGGCUCGAACUCCCAAGAGUGAAAGGUGGUCCACCUCUCUGUGGCGCUGAGGGUCACUUGGAGAGGGGCGUGGCCGCGCCUGCGCAGGAAGGCGCCCGGGUGGGGGCGGGGACCCGGGCCGCAGUGCUCGAGGCGCCCCUGGGCCUCGCCAGAACCGUGGUGCGGGAGCGGGGGGCGCCCGGCCUGGGGUCCUGUUGCUCACUGUCGAGGCGUUGGACGGUCAGUUACGGGUUUCCCAGACGCACUGCCCCCUCGGUACUUGCUGGCGUUUUGGGAGCAGGGCUGCAGUGAGCGCUUGAGGCUCAGGCCUCCAGCCGUGGGCUCGCGCGAAGGAGGCGAGCUGUGAUUGUGGCUCUGACCUUUGUAAGUGCUGUGCGUGCUUUACUUAAUUGCUAUAGCAAUUGAAU